AUUAAACACACAAUGGGAAGCAACCAAUCACUAUUAUUUCUUUAUUAUUUACACGCUGUACAAUAUCGAUUGUCACAGGCUGAGGUACUUAACAAUAAAACGUUAAAAUCCAAGUGACUCGCAUGGCAUUCUCUUACUUGUCCACUUGAUGUCGCUGCUGUAAAGUCCUGAAAGUUGAAGGGUCACUACUUACGUCACUCUUGACCCCGGAAGAAGCGAAAUUGUUUGAGAAAUAUUCGGGGUGGACCCACUGAAAGCAUGACGUGACAAGGCAAGGUUCUGUUGACAAUUUUUAAUGAGCUUCUGGUGGGGAAAACUACACCGAGAGAGGAACAAUUUCAGGAUUUGGAUCCGGGUGGAGAACAUUGCCAGGCUGGGCCCACAGUGAUAUGAAAAUACAAUAUCACCUUUUAUAGGCGAUACUCUAAGCCAGAACCGCCACUGCUUGUGUGCUCGUCGUGUGUCUACAACCUCUGCCGCGCCUACUGAUACCACUGAGUCAAAACCAAAACAAAGAGUCUGUCCACUUUAAAGAAUCGACUCCAAGAGCCGUGUCGUUCACAUGACUGAUCGGUCUGCCCGGACUUCGGAUAAGCAGAAGAAGAUGAGUGGAUGGACAUCAUGUCCUGGACUGGACGGAAUGAUCUUAUUCUGGACGGAUUACAAAGCUUCCGUAUGGAAUGUCCAGGACGGGGAUGACGGCUGUUGCUGGACUUUGGAAGACCAUGCAAGCUGAACAUGCGCUGGACACCAUGAACUUUGACCUGAUUAUGGGAAAACCCAUGCGCAUCAUGUGGUGGCAGCGGGACCCCUCGCUGAGGAAGAGCGGAGUGGGCAACAUCUUCAUCAAGAACCUGGACAAGUCCAUCAACAACAACAUCCUGUACGACAUCUUCUCCUUUUUUGGCAACAUCCUGUCGGGCAAGGUGGCGUGUGAUGAAAACGGCUCCAAGGGCUACGGCUUUGUGCACUACGAGACCCAGGAGGCGGCCGAGAGAGCCAUCGUGGAAAUGAACGGCAAACUGCUCAAGGAUCGGAAAGUAUUUGUGGGCCGCUUCAAAUCCCGCAGAGAGCGCAAGGCCGAGCUGGCGAGCCGAGCCAAGGAGUUCACAAAUGUUUACAUCAAAAACUUUGGCGAAGACAUAGAUGACAGGAAGCUGAGGGGGAUCUUCAGUAGAUAUGGAAACAUCACCAGCAUCCGCGUCAUGAGGGACGAGAAUGGACUGUGUCGCGGCUUCGGGUUUGUCAGCUUCGAGAGGCACGAGGACGCACAGAGGGUGGUGGAUGAGAUGAACGGGAAGGAGCUCCACGGCAGGACCAUCUACGUCAGCCGCGCCCAGAAGAAGGUGGAGCGUCAGGCUGAGCUGAAGAGGAAGUUUGAACAAAUCAAACAAGAUCGCAUCACCCGCUACCAGGGUGUCAACUUAUACGUGAAGAACCUGGACGACUGCAUCGAUGACGAGCGCCUACGGAAGGAGUUUGCCCCCUUUGGUAUCAUCACCAGCGCCAAGGUGAUGACGGACGGCGGCCGCAGCAAAGGCUUCGGCUUCGUCUGCUUCUCCUCCCCGGAGGAGGCCAACAAGGCGGUGGUGGAAAUGUACGGCCGCAUCGUGGCCACCAAGCCGCUCUACGUGGCGCUGGCGCAGCGGAAGGAGGAGCGCCAGGCGUACCUCUACAACCAGUACAUGCGUCACAUGACCAGCAUGCAGGCCGUGCCCAGCCAGGUCAUCAACCCCUUCCAGGCAGCCGUGCCCCCUGGCUUCUUCCUGGCACCGUUACCGCAGGCGCAGAGCCGCGCCGCUUACUUCCCAGCCAGCGCCCAGAUGGCUCAGCUUUGCCCGAGCCCACGUUGGACCGCUGCAGACUACCAGAGCCUCCCCGGUGCCAUACGCCCCUCCACUCAAAGCCCCCCGGCCUUCAGCAGCCUGCGUUCCCACACCCAUGUGCCCCGCAUCAUGUCCCGCCAGCGUGCAGUACCCCAGACUCCCAGCCCCCGGUCCGCCACCCCUUUGUAUGGCCUUCCGCACUACAGGUACUCCACAGCCGUCCGCAGUCCUCAGGAUCGCGUGCAACCACAAGCGGCGGCGGUGGCGGCGGCGCAGCAGCCUGCCGUCCACGCUCAGGCACAGAAGCCUCUGACGGCCUCCAUGCUGGCUGCGGCGCCUCCACUGGAGCAGAAGCAGAUGCUGGGCGAGUGUUUGUUCCCGCUCAUACAGAACAUGCGUCAAGACCUGGCGGGGAAGAUCACCGGCAUGCUGCUGGAGAUGGACAACUCCGAGCUGCUCCACAUGCUGGAGUCCCCCGAAUCUCUCCGCUCAAAGGUGGACGAGGCGGUGGCGGUACUUGAGGCCCAUCAGGCCAAGGAGUCGACCCAGAAGACGUACUGACGGACCCAAGGAUAUGACGGGCUCCUCGGGUUGUAAACUGCUCCGACGGAGAGAAGAAUCAGAUCAUAACACAAGUAAAGGCACCAUAAAACUUCAUAGAAUGCAAUCAAAAUGACCGUAAAAUAUAAAAAUAUAUUGAUGGAAACCCAACGGCUCAUCAAAUUAAAAAAUUGAAAUAUCUGUACAAUAUUUUUUUACGUGAAGAGGUUUUAGACAAAAUGUAAAUGAGCCGCUGUAUAUAUUUUUUACCGGAAGCAUUUUCUGCUGGAGCCAUUUAAAGACUUGUUUUCUUUGGUGAAAGGUUUACUCAAGUAAAAGGUUUCUGCAAAUGUGUUUGGUGGUCACGCUCAUGUGGGACAAAAACAAACGUACCAAGGUAUGUUUCAACUUUUUUUAUUGAUGCAAAGAUGAAACACACUUUUCGGCCAGUUCUUCUCAGCCAGGCGUCAAACACGCAAAGUCCAAACGCAAAAAAAAACAACUCAUUCCAUGAUGGAGAGACGUCGACGAGAGCUGCUUAGUUGGUGAUGGCCUUGGCCUGCUCGGUCAGCUGCUUGACGAGGCCCUCCAUCUGCUGCUGGAACCUCUGCACCAUGGGCUCGAUCUGGGCCUGGAAGUUGGUGGCCAUGGGCUGGACCUGCCCCUCCACGCUGGUGGCGAUGGACUGCAGCUGCUCCUGGAUCUUGGCGACCAGGGGCUCCAACUGGGUCUUCUGCUCCUCCAGGAAGGCCCUGCAGGGUGGAAGAGAUGGUAUGUAUUAAAGGAAAAGUCAUCCACAAUCCUUCUUUGAGACAUGAACACACCAAGAUGAAGAU